CGUCCCCCCCCCCCCCUUCCCCCAAACGCGGCGCCCGAGCCAUGCCCCCCCGCGGCGCCCCGCUGCUCCUGGCCCUGGCCGCCCUGCCUGGCCCGCCCGCCGCCCGUGCCGCCGCCGCCGCGCCGCGCCCGGGGGACGACGGCGGCACGUGCGACGCCGCUGGCGGCGGCUGCGCGCCCGGCGCCCUGGCGGCGGGCACCGCGCCCAGAGCUCCGACGAUCUGAUUUCUGCAGCCGGCGGCCCCAGUCCAGGGAGGGGGGGGGCCACCCCGAGCCCCGGAAUUGGCGUUUUUGUUGAACGGCCCCUGGGCGUGUCCUCAACAGCCUUGCCCGGUCGAUCCCUGCCUGCGGUGCGUUUACGAAGCAGCUUUGUCCUGGCGAUCCGUUCUUCAGGGACAUUGCAAGCCAGGACUUUGCAGGGAUUGCAGAAGAGUGCAGAAUGCUUCGGCCCAUGGUUGCCUGUCGGGCGUGGCAGCGUCCUGAUUUGUUAGAAUGUCCGAUUACGGGGCCCUGAACCAUCGGAGAGGCAAACACGGCACAGCCGUAAAUUGUAGGAGGUCCGCGCGGGCCUCUUGCGUCGACGCCGGGGGGGCGCGGGGUCAGCACCGACCCAAGAAGUCCUUGCGGACGUCCGACAGUUUCGGUGCUGUGCCCUGCUCUUUCUUCUCCGGCACCAGCGCCUCGGACGAGUUUUGGGCGGAGAUGCGGUGGCGCGGCCUGCAGCUGAACAUGCGGCGCAAGCAAGUGCCCGAGCCUGCGCAGGGCGGCAUGGCGGCACGGAACCGCACGGCCAUGGUGGUGUCCAAGGACGUGUUCUACGGCCGUGCCAUCGCCAAGAUCCCGAGGCCGGUGCUCCUCAGCCACGACUCGCCGGUGGUCGAUGUGGGUCUUCGGCGCGAGCUUGCUCGGCUUCUCUUCGAGGAGCGCACCCUCGCGCGCGACUACAACGUGACGAGCGAGGAGGCGACCCAUCUCCUCAGCCUGGCGUACCCGCUCGUGGCGGCCCGCCGUGACGCGGGGUCCGUCUUCCGCGAGUGGCUGGAUGCCGUUGCCGACGUGCGCCUGCCCGUGCUGGAGCUCACGGAGAGGCAGAAGCAGGUGCUGCGCGGCACGACCGUGGAGGGUGCCUACACGGAGAUGGUCAUGAACCGGGACCUCAUCCUGCACACGGCGGGAAACGUUUCCACUUUUCGUGACGCUCCACUCUCGAGCGAGGAGGCCACCUGGGCGCUGUCGGUCAUCAUGAGGCACUCCCGAGUGGUCCACCCUCACCGCGACGUCCGGGAAGCCCAGACGUCUCGAAUGUACCUCAUUCCUCUCGUGGACCUGUUGGACGUGCAGCUGAGCUACAAGGCAGAAGAUUCCAACGCUUUCCAGGAGGAAAUCGUCCUCGAGUCUGGGAAAAGGGAGGAGGAGAUGGUCGUCCAGUUCGCGCGGAGGGACAUGAACAAAGGGGAGGAGGUGUUGCUGUGGCCUGGCCGGCUCUCCAACAGCGAGAUGACUGUGAGGCAUGGGAUAAGCUUCCCCAGCAAUGUCGUCGGCAUUGGUCACAACAUCUCUGCGCCUUCCAACUGGUCGCCAGACCCGGAUAGCAAGCAUCGUCGGGAGUACAGCAAGUACAAUUGUACCUCCCUGGAGUCUUUCGAGCUGCGCUUCAGCAAGCGGGGGAUCCCAGCGCGCAGUCUACUGCGCUGCUACCGGGUGGCCUGGUUUCUCACAAAUGGCUGGUACACGCCGGCGCUGCUGAACAGAUUGCGGGACCUUGACAGGUGGCCCCCGCCGAAGAAGUAUUCGGGGAGCGAUUGGCUGUCGUGGACCCAGGCUGACUCUGCCUUACGCGAUGUGAUUCUUGAGUACUGCCAGAUGAUGAGGCAGCAACUGAAAGACACGAUGGACGCUGAGACUGCCAGCGACUUCAGAGGGUCGACCGAUCCAGUGGAUCGUCUGAUCUGGAACAUGCGAGCUGAAGAGUCCAAGACGUUCAAGGAGUGUAUUGUGGUCGCCAAGAAGAUUGGGUAACUUGCGGCAUGAGGAUACAUGCUGUGCCUGGGUGUCUUCUUGUUGAGAUCAGCGCAGCAAGGAGCUGUCCCUUCAGCCGGUCCCGAGUGCUCGCAGGGGUGGUCCAGCCCGUUCUUUGUCAUCUUCGGGGUGAAAGCGGCUCCGGGAGGAGACUCAGGUGCACGACGAGGACACGCGGCAAGAGGCUGGCUCCUACCGAUGACACGCUUGGAGAGCUGGACACGAGCGUCGCCUAUGUGGGCUGUGCUGAAAAAGUAGCUGCAACUCGCGCGAGCGUUCUCGGUGGAGGAA